CUCUCUUUCUUUCUCUUUCUCUCUGUACUAUAACAUUAUUGCACUUCGCAUUUUUUCAGUUUGCUAAAUCAUCAAUCAUAGCUUCCUUGAAAUUCCUUGUCUCUUAUAUUAGUUCAUUCCAAUAAUCUUUUCAUCUGAGAGAGAGAGAGAUAUCAUUUCUUUUCUUUACUUUGAGGUAUCCUUGAAUUCUUAUUCUUGGCUUAACCUCAAGUUCAUUCUCAGUUUUUACAACCUAUUUAACCACACAUAAAUUCCCCAUUUUUUUCCCCUUCUUGUUGUAAAUGCCAUCAGCAACUACUACUUCAGAUUCUGGGGGACAAAAAAUGUUUCGCUGGUUCUUGAAACCAAGAUUCUACUCAAAAUGCUUGACGUACGUGAAGUUCUUAAGGACGAGGCUAGAGAGUGUACAAAAGAAGAGGAAUGCGGUUCAUAAGAUUAUGAAGAGUGACAUUGCAGAGCUUCUCAGGAAUGGACAUUAUUAUGAUGCUUAUAAAAGGAUUGAAGGGCUUGUAUUGGAGCAAAAUAUGUUAUUUUGUUAUGAACUUGUUGCACAAUUCAUUGGAUGCAUAUCAGAUCAUGUUCAAGACUUAACUAAGCAGAGUAUUUGCCCUGAUGAAUGCAAAGAAGCUGUUCCAUCAUUGAUAUAUGCUGCAGCAAGAAUUUCUAAUCUUCCAGAAUUGCGUGACCUCAGAACACUGUUUACAGAUAAAUUUGGAAAUUCUCUUGAACCUUAUACAAGUAAAGAGUUAAUUGACAAGUUGAAGAAAGAUCCUCCUUCUAGAGAAAUGAAGAUUCAGUUAUUGCAUGAAAUAGCACAAGAGUUCUCUAUUGAGUGGGAUAGCAAAGCUUUAGAGCAAAGGCUUUCUAGACAGCCAUCAUUGUAUGAAGAGAGGCCUAAACCUGAAAAAACAGAGAAGCAAGUUGGUGUGGAAAAAGAACACAAAAAAGAAACAGACUAUAAUGCAUCAUCACAAGAAGGAAUCAAAGAAUUCAAUGCUGAACAAUGGAGGCAGCAAAUCAGCAGUGACGACGACGACGAUUCUAGCACCGAUAUGUCAUCGGUCCACGGCCGAAAGCCGAGUUCUAGCUCCCUCGGAAGCAUAUCCGAGGAUGACACAGAAAUCAUCAGUAACAAGAAACCUUAUUGGCUUGUUCCUCCUCCUUACCUCAAACAAAGAACUAACAAAGGCGAAAUCAAUUCAAAUUCAAAGAAGAAAACAAGGACAGAUUCGGAACCAAACCAUGAGGAUCAAGCUCCAAGAUCAUCAUCAAGGAGCAGAAACAUGAUGAAAUCAAGAGCAACAGAGGAUAACAUUAUUGGUUCUGAUUCUUCCAAGAACAGAAGAUCAUAUGUAAGAGGAACAUCUCUUCCUCCUAGAACAACAAACUCAUCAUCAGUUGAAGAAACAUCAAGAGGGCAUGGAAGAUCAAUUUCAAUGGAUUCUGAAGUGAAGAGUAUUGUGCAUCCUAAUCUACCUGAUUAUGAUGAUUUGGCAGCUCGUCUUAGAGCUCUCAGAAGAACAUAAACAGAAAGAAACAGCUAUAGAAGAGUAUAGGUACAAUAAUUAUACCUUAGUUAUCUUAUCCAAGAUAUAUUAUUUGUAUUUAUACAAGAAUUUGAAAUUUAUUAUUAUUAUUA